AUGGCUGUACAAAAUGCUUUUGAGCAGAAGAAGAGGGCAAUUUUAAAUGAAAUAGGCUCGGCCCAGCCAGAUUUGUCACCUAAAGGGACCAUCGAUGAACUGUGCCUUCCAAUUAUAGAUCUCAUCAACACCAGCGCUGAUAUGGUAACCACCUCAUCAUGCUCCGGAAGGGUCAGUGUAUUUUUGGAAGGUACAAAAUCCUACAAUGGAGAGGUCAAGAUAGGUGGUAAAGGUCAAGGAGGCAAGUGGCUUUACGUUACUCACAAUCGUGAAAAAGUUCUUGGCUGGUUAGAUGAUUUGAGGUCAAAAAAUGAGUUUGCUUUCGAAGCGUUCAGCAAACAAAUAUCAUCUGAACAAGUCACGGGGAGUACUAGGUAUAUUCUUUAUAAGUAUGAGCCUUUCAUACUGCAUGUCAAAUGCAGAGAUUUUGAGAUAGCUUCGAAGUUGUAUAACGUUGCCAUGUCCUGCGGUUUCAGAGAAAGUGGAAUUGGCUCAAACAAUCUCGUCGCAAUUAGGAUAAACAUCAAAUUAGACGUACCAAUCGGUUAUUUGGAUGAGAAUUCAGACACUUUGAGACUAUUUGUAAGUUCAGAAUAUGUAGGUGUUUUGGAUACUUUAUCUCUAAGCAAGUUUGAUGAGAAUAUCAGGAAAAUGCAUGUAUUAUAUGAUAAAAUUGACAAUGAACUUAUAAACUCUGCGUCGAAUCCGAAUUUAAGGAUUGAUGCAGCGACAAUCGAAACAAAGGAGGAAAGAAGAGAACGAAAAAAAAAGCAAGGUAUUGAAAGACAACGUCAAAUAAAGAGCGCACAAAAUACACUGUAA